GCCUCGAAGAAACCGAGUAGGAUGGCACUUGGCGGAGGAGACUGAAAGCCCGUUUGCAUAAAACCCCCAUUCACUUUGUGGGAUUUCGGUGCGAGCGUCCGCGACGUGACAAAUUUUCGAUAUGCGCCUUCCAUUUGGACAUCCAUCUAGCGAACCGAGAGAGGCAAAGAGCCCUUAUCUUUCUUCCCCACCCUGAUCUCCCUCUGAUACCCUAAACGAACGUUUUAUAAAAGUGAACAACGCGUGAGAGUCUCUUCAGGAUAUCAAGACUGAACAUCUUCGAAUUCCGUCGAAUAAAUUCCCGUCUCGCUUAAUAACUGAGGCUCUAAUGACGACAGUCUUAUCUCUGAUCCAGCAAAUUGAUGUUCCAACGAUUCCCGAUGCAGGCAAUCCUGGAAUGCCCUGGUAAAUUGUUCCUGAAGACAAACGGUCUCUCGGGGAAGGAGGCUCGCAAACGCGGGAACAAUCGCUAAAUCAUGCGUCGAUUUAAGACGACGGAAAAAGGGUGAAGAAGGAACGGAGGAAGGGCUCUCGAAUUUUAAGUUGAAAGCAGAGGCUACGCUUGUUAGAGUCCCGUGAAAUUAAGUCCGCUUAACGAGUACGAGCCGGGGAAAAUUUAACGAGCCCGCCGUCAAGUCGACUCCGCGAAUUUCACAGCCACGCUUUUCCCUCUGUUUUCCUCCGAGGAAAAAGAGGUAAAAGUAAAAGUGAACAGCAGCUGGCACGUUCGAGCCGGACGACCGCGAGAAACGUUGACGAAGAUCGGUUUUUUAACGUCUCUCCUCAUGCAGAGGAUGAUGCAGAGGAUUGAAAAAAAGCUUUUAAGAUCUUGAUUAGAAGCUUCCGAGAAGAUUCAACCUAGCUUUUCUUUUAUACAAGUCUUUAAACGUUUCGUUAAUUAACCCGCUAAUUGUCGACGCUGAAAAUUUAUAAUAUGUUUUUAUCCGAACGACUAAUUUUCUAUGAAGAAAAGAACAGACUACCAUUGGAAGUAGAAGACGUCGUAGAAAGUUCGAGAACAACUUUUUGCACACGUGUACAAAGAAAAAUCGACGAAGAAAGACGAAAGGACUUCUGAAGACAACUUUCGAUGAAGCCUCUGAUUUAUCUUCGAGUUUUAAUCCUCUGAUCUAUACAGUGCAACUUUUGCAUACAAAGAUCAAUAAAAAUAAAAAUUUCUAAAUGAUCAAAAAUAUUCCCAUCCUUUCGUGUCUAAUACUAGGAUUCAAGGACACUUUUGACCAUCUUAUCCUGCUAUACCCGUUCGUAUCAGCCCAUUUCCAAUGAAAUCCAUCAUCCAAGAUACGCUGUGCAAAGGAAGCACAUUUCGAAACCGGAAGCUCACCUCGCCACGGAUGGCCGGUACAUGUGUCCUUAAGGGUCGACGAGAACCGGAAGCGAUAUAAGGGUCGGAAAUGGUGGAAAUCUCAAACGGUGCGUGUCGCGUAGGGUUCGUUUUUCCGGGUGGACUGUCGGUGGAAAUAAUACGCUUCCGGUCGUUGACUUUGAUCGAUAACGUGUUCCGGUAAUCCGUGUUCGUCCACCCUCCUCCCCUGAACCUGACGCAUUAAUAUCGAGAUUGUGCUUACGCGUACGCCAGGCGGAAAUCGAGCAGAGAUAAACCAGGACAUCGGACCUGGUCAAUUCCGGCGAGGAAUCGUCCUGUACAACCCUGGAAACUCGAGGGUUGGAGAUGCUCGAGGGAAGGAUGGACGAAACUAGCAUCGGGAGGGGUCUGGUCAUCGAUAAUGCAUCCGAGAAAGCGGACAGAUAACUUGGUCGUUUCAUCGCCGGAGGCAGUGUUCGAGGUGGUAGGAGCGUGUGUAGAAAUGGACGAGCAUGCUCGUGGACGUAGCUGGUCCAGAUAGCCACGGAUGGCCUAAUCGUCGACGAUCUUUUUCUAUCUUCCAUCAAACGGACAUAAACAACAGAUCCUCGCUAUAUCCUUCGUAAAGCUGUAGCCUUAGAGGCCUAGACUGUCCCAGUCGAAGAGCGACUUUAAAGACCAAACACCUAACAUACCGGGUGCAGAGGUUCUUGCGAAGAAACAGCAUGAGAUGCGAUCUUCGUGGUCGAGCGAGUCCGAAACCUUAUAGUUAGAUAGUCCAAGCCGGCUAAAAUGAGCCAUCCUCUCGGACGGAUGCUGGUGCUGCUAUUGUCGCUGCAACAGCUCUCCGUCGUCAUCCAAUCCAAGGUGCACACAGAACGGGAAGCUGUCCUGAUACCCGGCGACAUCGUUCUGGGCGGGUUAUUCCCGGUUCACGAGAAAGGAGGCUCUUCGUGCGGGCCAAAUGUGUACAAUCGUGGGGUACAGCGUCUGGAGGCGAUGCUGUUCGCCGUUGAUCAGAUCAACAGGAAUAAGACGUUACUUCCAGGAAUCACUUUAGGUGUGCACAUACUGGACACCUGCGGUAGGGAUACUUAUGCCCUCAAUCAGAGCCUCCACUUCGUCAGGGCAUCCUUGUCCAAUUUGGACAUCAGUGUGCUGGAGUGCGCGGACAAGUCUGUGCCAAGGGUGAAGAAGACUGCUACUGCCGGGCCGAUUUUCGGGGUCAUUGGUGGUUCUUACAGCUCGGUAUCUCUUCAGGUGGCUAAUUUGCUCAGGCUGUUCCAUAUACCCCAGAUAUCGCCUGCGUCCACUGCCAAGGCACUCAGCGAUAAAACCAGGUUCGACUACUUCGCGAGAACGGUGCCUCCGGACACCUUCCAAUCGAUCGCGUUGGUGGACGUGGUGAAGAGCGCCAACUGGUCCUACGUCUCGACCGUAUACUCAGAGGGUAGCUACGGGGAAUAUGGGAUCGAGGUGUUCACCAGGGAAGCGACAGAGAGGAACGUGUGCAUAGCCGCUGCGGAGAAGGUGCCCAGUGCAGCGGACGACCGCGUAUUCGACGACAUUAUCCUAAGAUUGAGUAAGAAGCCAAACGCGAGGACCGUGGUGCUAUUCACCCGGGCAGAGGAUGCCAGAGGGAUCCUGGAGGCUGCGAGAAGAUCGAACCUGAGCCAAUCGUUUCAAUGGCUGGCCAGCGACGGCUGGGGUCGUCAGAUCAAGCUUGUCGAGGGUCUCGAGGAGGAGGCUGAAGGUGCGAUCACUGUGGAGCUUCAAUCGAAGAACAUACCAGGCUUCGACGAGUACAUGGCCUCGUUGACGCCCGAUACCAAUCGACGGAACCCUUGGUUCAGCGAGUACUGGGAGGAGGUUUUCAACUGCGUCCUUAGGAAAAAUCUCAUGGCCAAUCCGAACGCGACGGUGUGCUCGCCGCUGCUUAGGCUAACCACGUCGACGGGUUACGAGCAAGAAUCUAAGGUGCAAUUCGUCGUGGACGCAGUGUACGCGUUCGCGAUAGCUCUCCACAAUUUAAAACAGGACAUGUGUGUGAAAAUCGAGGGUCUGUGCUCUACGAUGGCCAACUACGACCGGGGUUCCUUCUACAGGAAUUACCUGCUGAACGUGUCCUUUGAAGAUGAAGCCGGUAGCGAGGUGAAAUUCGACGAACACGGAGACGGUCUGGCACGCUACGAGAUCCUCAACUUUCGGAAAUCAGACCAGAACGGGACUAAUGGAUACCAUUAUCGGGUGGUAGGUAAAUGGUCCCACUCCCUGGACAUCAGCACGGAGGAGUUGGUCUGGUCGAGGGGCACGAAGGACAUACCGAUCUCCGCGUGUUCCCUACCCUGCGAGCCAGGUAUGAUAAAGAAGCAACAGGGUGACACUUGUUGCUGGGUAUGCGACCAGUGCGAGGAGUACGAGUUCGUCUACGACGAGUAUACCUGCAUGGACUGCGGACCGGGUUACUGGCCGCACGAGGACAAGAGGGGUUGCUACCAGCUGCCGAUCAACCACAUCAGAUGGAACAGCGCUUUCGCGAUCGCUCCGGCGGUGAUUUCGUGCCUUGGAAUCGUGGCCACCCUGACGGUUGCGUGUCUGCUCUUCCACCACAGGGAUACGCCGGUGGUGAGAGCGUCGGGUCGCGAGCUGACGAUCAUUCUGCUGGCCGGGGUGCUCGUUUGCUACUUGAACACGUUCCUCUUGCUCGCAACACCCACCACGGUCACCUGUAUCCUUCAGAGGUUCGGUGUGGGGGUGAGUUUUAGCGCCGUCUACGGUGCCCUGUUGACCAAGACCAACAGGAUCGCCAGAAUCUUCGACUCUGCAUCGAGGUCCGCCGUCAGACCCAGGUACAUCAGCCCUACGUCUCAGGUGUGCAUCGCUGCUGCUCUGAUCGCCUUGCAGAUCGUGUUGACGUUGGUGUGGAUGAUCAUCGAGCCACCUGGCACAAGAUUCUUCUAUCCGGAUCGCAAACAGGUGAUCCUCAAAUGCAACAUCCAAGACAUGAGCUUCCUCUUCUCUCAACUGUACAACGCGUUGCUGAUCCUCAUCUCGACGGUGUACGCGGUGAAGACACGCAAGAUCCCGGAAAACUUCAACGAGAGCAAGUUCAUCGGUUUCACCAUGUACACCACUUGCAUCAUUUGGCUGGCAUUCGUGCCGAUCUACUUUGGGACCGGAAACGCGCACGAAACACAAAUCACCACACUCUGCGUGGCGAUCAGCCUGAGUGCCUCUGUGACCCUGGUGUGCCUCUACUCGCCGAAGGUCUACAUAAUCGUCUUUCAACCGGACAAGAAUAUCCGAAGGAAGGUGACCAUGGGGGAUAAAUUUAAGAAACAAGGGAGCAGCGCCGGCACUUCUUCCAUUACUAAAUGUUGCGAGUUGACCAGCGAGAGUAUGCCCCUUCAAAGCGCCUUAACAGCAGCCGUGCAGACAUCCGUGGGCGUGACGGAGAUCUCCCUAGCCUCGAACACAUCGGCGAAAACUAAUAACGAGCAAGUGGCACAGCUAUAGAGAGAAUGCCCAGGAGAAGGAGAGAAAGGGGAGAA